UCAAAUUAUUGUUGCAGAUUUAUUAUUAAUUUAAAGUAUACAUUUUAAUAGCAUAUUUAUAUACAGCACUUAUACAUAAAUAAGAACCAUAUGAAGAAAAUAUGAAUAUUAACAACCUUUAAAAUCCUUUCAAAAUAAAAAUGAAAGAAAAAGGAAAACAUUUAUAUAGGGGUUGAGUUCAACAGAUGUUUUAAGAUUUCUUAUUACCAACUAGGUUGGCUUCCUAACAGAAAUGAAUACAUGCCAGGUUCCAAGCAUAUCCACGAUUACACCAAAACAUAAAAGUGUAGUACUUCUUCCCCUAAAGCUACCUUCAUGCCACCUGUCUCUUUGGCCCUCGUUGGUUCUCUACUUUCUUAUGUAAUUUCACUGGAGACUUCAAAGCCAACUUAGAUACUCUACAUUCUACUGAAAAGACCUCCCGCCUUUGAAGUUGUUUUAUAAACACAGAUAUAGUCACUACUGAAGCUUGAAGUAUCUAUCAUGGCUUGCAAAUGAAUUGGGAAAGAAAUGUCUUUUGUGAGAUGGAAAGACCAAGAGAAGAAUGUAGGGCUGGUUUUUUCUCCAAUUACUUUGGAUUCUGUAGAACGUCCAUUUUCUAGUUUUUUGAUAUAUUCGAUACAAAUUGCUAAGAAAAAAUAUCUGCCUUUGUUGACUGCAUACUGAAUGAGGCACCAUUUUCCCUUAAAUUUACUGAAACAGGCUGAUGUCUAAGAUAAACUAGUACUAGAGGUAACAUAUUGAAACAAAAUUAAGUUCAUAAUAUGGUUUUCAGUAAAUUCAUAUGCCACCCAGUAACAACACUAUCAAUACAGUAAUGACAACCAUGAAUAGAGCUCAAAAGCAAUGGAACUCAAUUUGCAUACUUUUUCAUCUUCUAUAAUUUGAUGUAAUUGUUUUUCAAUUUAAUAUCACUGGCAACGUGAUAGAUUUUCCAAGAUAAUGAACUUUUUAAUUUUGUUUGUGAGGAUAUUUCUGAACGUGGUUUUUACUUAAUUGUAGACCGAACAAGGAUGCCACUCAAUCAUGCUGAGAGGAUAACUGCAGCAACACAUGUUUGCUGCACUUGUCAUGAAAAGCUGGUCUCGUUUCUUCUGUAUUGGUUCCGGGUUUCAAUGCCCAAAUAUCUUCUACCCUCUGAUGCAUCACAAAGGGAGGAUUGCUGGUAUGGAUAUGCUUGUCGAACACAACACCAUAAUGAAGAACACGCACGCAAAAGGAACCAUGUAUGUCGUCCGACGAGGGGUGCUAAUAUGUAGGCAUGAUUUCAUGUACAUAAAAGCAAUGAACAGUACCCUGGAAAGACUAUAAAUGUAAUGGUACAUUAAUGAUCUCUGUUUUGCUCCAAAAACAUUCUUCUGCCGAUAUUCAUCGAUAUUUUCUAUGCUUUAAUGUGAAAUGUUUUGAUUGCAAAAUUUCAACGGUUUUUAGAGAGCUUCUUCUUGGUGUUUUAGGAAUUUCGCUAAGUGAAACUGUUGGAUUUUGAUUCUAAGCAUCAGAUUGGUGGUUGGGAUGCCUUUAUCCAUUUGUUUUGAUUUACUUUAUCCUAUUUUGUCUUGGUGAGCUGAGGUGCAAGGCUGCAGAUAUUUUACACCUAAACUAGCACAAGGCAAUCAAUGAAAUACAUCUGGCAAACAAGACUGAUUUGUGGGGUUUCUUGAUAGCUAGUUAGGAAUCCAAGUGGGGACGUGUCAGUCAUUGGGAAUUCUGCUCUUAAUUUAGUAGUUGGUGUGACAUGCUAAUCUUAAGUGGCGCGGGACUUCUAAAUAUACCAAAAUUUUUUUACACAGUAACUAUAUAGAAAAUAUCGAUUUUAAUU